GGAGGCGGUCCACCCCGGCGCACACACAGCACACCUUCAGAUGAAGAUGAAGUAGCAGCAGCAGUCGAUCAGCAGAGCAACAACAACGUCUGUCCCGCGGAUCCGGAGGUUUUCUUUUCUUCAGGGGGAACAGGUGACGGACAUCCAGUCAGCUGCUUCAUCGUCCAUCGGUGGAGAUUACCGCAGUUUCACCUCCCCUCCUCGUGCGCACCCUGCGUUUGUCACAAUAGAUGUUUCUCAACUACAUGCAUUUCGACCUGAUCAUCUAAGCCCGGUCCACCACCAUGGAAAAUGCGCACACUAAAUCGGCGACCGAAGUUUUGGACUACUUCGGCGUGAACGAAAACACUGGGCUGACUUUGGAGCAGGUCAAAGUCAAUUUUGAGAAAUAUGGAGCAAACGAGCUCCCAGCUGAAGAAGGGAAGUCCCUGUGGGAGCUGGUGGUGGAGCAGUUUGAAGACCUCCUGGUCAGGAUCCUGCUGCUAGCUGCCUGUGUCUCAUUUGUGUUGGCCCUGUUCGAAGAGGGAGAGGAGACAACCACCGCCUUUGUUGAGCCAGUUGUCAUUCUUCUUAUCCUCAUCGCCAACGCUGUUAUCGGAGUCUGGCAGGAGAGAAAUGCUGAGAAUGCCAUCGAAGCUCUGAAGGAGUACGAACCAGAGAUGGGGAAGGUGUACCGCAUGAACCGCAAAGCCGUCCAGAGGAUCAAAGCCAGAGACAUCGUCCCGGGAGACAUAGUAGAGGUGGCAGUUGGUGACAAAGUGCCUGCUGACAUCAGAGUGACCUCCAUAAAGUCCACCACGCUGCGAGUAGACCAGUCCAUCCUCACAGGGGAGUCUGUGUCUGUCAUCAAGCACACCGACCCUGUCCCUGACCCCAGAGCCGUCAACCAAGACAAGAAGAACAUGCUGUUUUCUGGCACAAACAUCGCUGCAGGCAGAGCUAUUGGUAUUGUUGUCGCCACCGGUGUUUCCACAGAGAUUGGUAAAAUCCGUAACCAGAUGGCUGCUACAGAGCAAGAGAAGACGCCGCUGCAGCAGAAGCUAGAUGAGUUUGGCCAGCAGCUCUCAAAGGUCAUCUCCCUGAUCUGCAUCGCUGUGUGGGUCAUCAACAUCGGACACUUUGGGGACCCGGUUCACGGCGGCUCCUGGGUUAGAGGGGCAAUCUAUUACUUCAAGAUUGCUGUGGCAUUAGCUGUGGCUGCUAUUCCAGAGGGCCUACCUGCAGUCAUCACCACCUGUCUGGCCCUGGGGACAAGACGAAUGGCCAAGAAGAAUGCCAUCGUACGCAGCCUGCCAUCAGUCGAGACCCUGGGCUGUACGUCUGUUAUCUGCUCCGACAAGACAGGGACCCUCACCACCAACCAGAUGUCCGUCUGUAGAAUGUUCGUCACAGACAAGGUGGAAGACUCAAACUGCAACCUUCACGAGUUCUCCAUAACAGGUUCUACGUAUGCCCCUGAGGGACAAAUACUGAAAGGAGACAGGCCGGUGCAGUGUGGCGACUAUGAUGGACUUCUGGAGCUGGCCACUGUGUGCUCCAUGUGCAAUGACUCCUCACUGGACUACAAUGAGGCCAAAGGAGUGUAUGAGAAGGUGGGAGAAGCCACAGAGACGGCUCUAACAACUUUGGUUGAGAAGAUGAACGUGUUCAAGACUGACCUGUCCGGACUCAGCAAGGUGGAACGAGCUGGUACCUGCAAUGGGGUGAUCAAACAGUUGAUGAAGAAGGAGUUCACCCUGGAGUUUUCUCGUGACCGCAAGUCCAUGUCUGUUUACUGCACUCCUGUCAAGCCAGGAUCUCAGAGCAAGAUGUUUAUCAAGGGUGCUCCAGAGAGUGUGAUCGAGCGCUGUCAGUACCUGCGGGUAGGAACAGGGAGGGUGACACUGACACCAGCUCUGCGUGACCAGCUGUUGUCGAAGAUCAGGGACUGGGGAACAGGCAGGGACACGCUGCGCUGCCUGGCUCUGGCGACACAUGACAACCCGCCACGCAAAGAGGACAUGGACCUGGAGAACUCCACUAAGUUUGUUCAGUAUGAGUUGGGUCUCACCUUUGUCGGCUGUGUGGGCAUGCUCGACCCGCCGAGGAAGGAGGUGAUUGGUUCAGUGAAACUGUGCAACGAGGCGGGUAUCCGAGUAAUCAUGAUCACAGGAGACAACAAGGGCACAGCUGUGGCCAUCUGCAGACGGAUUGGCAUCUUCAGCGAGGAGGAGGAUGUGACGGGAAAGGCUUACACGGGUCGCGAAUUUGAUGAUCUUGCGCCGGAGGCCCAGAGAGAGGCGGUGAAACGAGCGAGGUGCUUCGCCCGGGUGGAGCCGGCUCACAAGUCCAAGAUCGUUGGUUACCUACAAUCGUUUGAUGAGAUUACAGCCAUGACAGGAGAUGGUGUGAACGAUGCUCCAGCCUUGAAGAAAGCAGAGAUCGGCAUCGCUAUGGGAUCCGGCACGGCGGUGGCAAAGUCCGCAUCUGAGAUGGUUCUGUCUGAUGAUAACUUCUCCACCAUUGUGGCUGCUGUGGAGGAAGGCAGGGCCAUCUACAACAACAUGAAGCAGUUCAUCAGAUACCUCAUCUCCUCCAAUGUGGGAGAAGUCGUCUGCAUUUUCCUGACAGCCAUCCUGGGUCUUCCUGAGGCUCUAAUUCCAGUCCAGCUGCUGUGGGUGAAUCUGGUGACUGACGGCCUGCCAGCUACUGCUCUGGGCUUCAACCCCCCAGACCUGGACAUCAUGGACAAACCCCCUCGCAACGCCAAAGAGCCCCUCAUCUCUGGAUGGCUCUUCUUCAGAUAUCUGGCUAUUGGAGGAUAUGUGGGUCUUGGAACAGUGGGUGCUGCAACAUGGUGGUACCUGUUUGAUGACGAAGGACCACAAGUGACUUUCUAUCAGCUGAGACACUUCAUGCAGUGCACAGAGGCCAACCCCAUGUUCCAGGACAUAGACUGUGAGGUAUUUGAAUCCCGCUACCCCACGACCAUGGCUCUGUCAGUGCUGGUCACCAUCGAAAUGUUCAACGCCCUCAACAGUUUGUCAGAGAACCAGUCUCUGAUCAGGAUGCCUCCCUGGGUCAAUAUUUGGCUGCUGGGAGCCAUCAUCCUGUCCCUCUCCCUCCACUUUGUCAUCCUCUACAUCGAGCCUCUGCCGUUGAUCUUCCAGGUGACCCCUCUGCGCUGGUCCCAGUGGAUUGUGGUCCUGAAGAUUUCCAUCCCAGUCAUCCUCCUGGAUGAGGCACUGAAGUAUAUGUCCAGGAACCAUAUAGAAGGUGAUGAAGACAAGAAAUAUCGCAGGAGAUGGCAGCUGAACUAAGACCUCUCCCUCAACACACUCACACACUUAGACACACAUGCCUUCCCUAUUCCCUUUACAACUAGGAACCUUCUCUCUCCCUGUCCUUGUUCCCCACUCCUGCAUGUCCAACAAACCAACCACCACUAGAAAAACGAGCAGCAGGGCUUGCAUGUGAACAAGAGUGCAAGAAAGUACGAGAGCAUGCGUGCAUGGCUUUGUAUGAGUGUGUGAGUAAAUGAGAAGUGUGUGUGUUUUGUGUGUGUGAAAAGGCAGAUGCAGACCUGUCUUGAUAGAUGCGAGAACGAGAAACAAAGGCUAAAAAAAAAAAGAUAAAUCCGCCUAGGGCUCUGCUUUUUAACGAUUUCUGCUCAUCGGUUUCUCGACUGUACAGUACAAACAUAGUGGUGCAGAAACUGGACUUUUUGGGGAGGGAAGGAGAGGGAGGACAGGGGAAUAAGGGUUAAUAAUAAUAAUUGUCGGGAUGGGAAGGGAGGGUUUUAGAUUAGCACAGGGACUGAAAGAGAGAUUGAGAGGCCCAUCAUGGAGAAGAGACUUGUGUAAAGGCCUGCAAUAGAUAAACAUCAGCAGGAACGUGGAGGGUAAAAAAACAUCCAAGUUUGGAGGUGGGAUGACCUGUGCAGAGUGCCAUCACACUACGUGUGUCUGCAGAAACAUUAUGUGGAGGCACCGCCCACACUACCGGCGCUGAACUCCAGCCAGCUCUGCAGGAGGGCACGGCCUUAUCAGCACAAUGCCUCUCAAUGCCAUCUCAUCUCUGGCCAGUUUGUCACAGCGCUGCUCAUUCAUCGCUCUUCCUCGCUGUUUGUUUUGUGCAGAUUUACUCUCCUCUUGCUCUCUCUGUCUCUCUUUCUCACUCUCUGUCUUGGAGGCAGCUUUUGGUGGGUGGGUGGGUGGGUGGGUGGUGGGUGUUGUGAUGUUGUCGGGCUCUUAUCUCCAGGUGUGGAGAUGUCGCUCUGUUUAAAAAGGUGUGAAUAGCUUUAUGCUGCUUGGCCGCUUCCUCUGGCUCUUAAUUUGAGGAGCUGAGGUCAGCUCACAGACAGAAAUAAAGAAAACAUCAGAUAAAUACAUAAAUAAAUAAAAACCAAACCAGCAUAUCAGUAGUGUAGUCAUCAGCCAGUGUACCCAACUGGUCCCACUUUAAUGUCCAUCUGCUCUGCUGCUAUCUGAGAUUUAGCUUUCAAAUAUCUACUUUAAAGGGAGAUCUGUACAAAAGGAUGAAGCUCCAUCACAUGAUUUUUUUUUUCUCGUAGCUUUAUGCUUUUGAUCAUAUUUCACAGUGCUUUGCAUUAGUAUUUACUCUCCAAAAACUUUUUCCACAUUUCAUGUUAUGCACAUAGAAAAGGAUUUUAUUUGGGUUGGACCAAAAAAGAAAAAAUAGUCCUAAAAGCUAAGAUCAGAUACAACCCAUUGCCUUCAGUUUGACUUGUGCAUCCAAUAAACUGGCUGUAUAUUUAUGUCGACGAUGCACUUCCAUGCUCCUUCCAUUGUGAGAUGUGAAGCCACUAUACCGCCUCGAUGGGCAGAGACAUAUCGCCCUGUAAGAGUCAAGGCAUGCGCCGAAGUGGUCUGCUAGGUCAGAGAUCCCUAAGGUCCAGAUGCAGUCCAAAGUAGAACAGGUACUUGUGUUGGUUCGAAUCAGAAACUCAUGGCUGUUGAAGGUUUUACGUUUUCUGUCCCUGUCCCUCCACUACUGAUCCAGAAAACAAGGAAGCAGUAGCCCUCAUUUGUCAACAGAGCUGUCAAUCAAUCAUAUUGUUAAAAUCAAGAAAAUAAUUCAAACUAAACUUCUCAGAAAAAUUUACACUCGCGCAUAUAUCAGCAGGAUAACAACUAACUACAACAACUGAACCCAUGCUUUAAAACAUGUAUUUAACACAAAUUUUAAUUGUAUGUUUCACCCAUGUUCCAUCUGUUAAUGUGAAGGAGGUGGGGUUUAUGCAGCCAGUCAGUAAGGAGAGUCUGUGUAUUAAAUAGCUUGCCACAAGGGUUCAUAGUCUAUUGUCCAUUAUGUCUCCUUCAUACGCUGCUUUUGUUUAACAAGUCCAAACAAAUACCAGAUUUUUAGCACAGUGAGAUGUGGAAAAUUCAAGAGUCUUCAGUACUUCUGCGCAGCACUGUUGCCGUUCUAACCCUGCACCAGCUUAUGUACUGUAUGUGUGUGUAUUUAGCCUUACUUGAAUUAGUUUGUUGAAUUUGACUUUGAUUGCUUUUCACUCUUUGAAUCACACAAAUAACGUAGUUGAAUUAAAUUAAAGAGCGGCAGUAAAACAGCUUGAUUGUCUCCCUUGCUGGUGAAUCAUUUUAAUAUUAAGCACAUGUAUCAUCCAUGCCUUACGAAGCCCACUGCACCGCCACAUUGAACAUGUGGUCAAAAUGAAUGUGUUUCUGCUAGCCUUUAAUGACCCUUAUCUCUGCCCUGUCAUACGUGCCCAAACAGGGACUUACAGUCCGAUCACUGAGGUCUAGCAGACUCUGAAUGUCCCCUCAGUCUAAGGUGCGUUUGAUAGGAAACCCUUCUCCUGUUGUUGCUUUGUGCGCUGCUCCCUCAGCUCCUCCUGCGCUCUCAGUGCUUCAGCGACUCACUUGGGUAUUGUUUUAUAAAGACUCAUUAGUAAUGUAUUUGACUGAAUGAACCACAAUGGGUUUGGAUUGUGUCUUUGAGUCUUAGAUAUAGGUUUUGUGUGUUGGGCCCUGGUGCUCUGUGGACAGGGUCAGAGGUGUGUUUGGUCCCUUUUUGCUUCCAUACAAUAGAGGAGUGUGCACAUUCAUGAAAAAAAGGGAUAGAUCAGAGACAGGAAGGAUGAUCUGUACACUCUGUCAGUAGCUUCAAUGAAUUUGAAAGGAAUUAAACAAAGGGAGACAGCUUUCGAACUGCUGUAAUCUUCAAGGCAACUGUUGACUCAUGAGGAUCUUUACAUGACUUUAAAUUAACAGAGAAUGACACACUGUGCAGAUCUUUCUUCUUUGCUCCUACUUUUCUUGCUUCCAGACUUAAGUUAUACUAUCAUUUUAUAUUCCAGCAGCAUGCGGUAGAGCAUUACUUGAAAUCUGAGGGAAAAUCCAUCCUUAAAACCUUCAAAUUUAUUCUGCUUUUGCUGACAUGGCUGUAUUUUGUUUUUUGCUCCAGCUUUAUUGCUUGGUGUUGGGCUUUUUGAGAUAAUAAGCCAGACUUGCAUCACAUAGCAUCAUCACAUUUACGUCCCCACAUCCUCUCUUGGGUUUUUGGAUAUCAGCAGCAGGAAAUAACUCUCAAACAAAUAAGUGGAUGAAGCGAAUUGUGGGAAAGUUUCUUCAAAAAAACACCCCCAAAAAUAAAAGACUGUUUUUGUAGAUCACAGAUUGUAGAUCACAGCUUGUAGGAGCCCAUGAGAGGCAAGAGAUAAGAAAAAUCUGGAAAAACAAAACAAUACAUUUUUAUGUCUCCAUUUCUAAUUUCUAGUUUAACUCUGUUAUAUGAUUUGUUUUCUCAGUUGGAUAUACAUUCUUUUUCUUUUCCUGAAAACAAUUUUAUUUUCAUUGGAACAUGAUUCAUAACUUGACUAUACAUAGAGUGGAGGUAGCAUCUGUUUUGAAGAUAUGCAGAAAUGAAUUCCCAUUAAAAGGAAUUAUUAAUGCAUCUUGUCUUAUUGAGAACAUGGAAUGGCGAUGUACUUAAUCCUCCUUUGGCUAAAUGAAUGCAAUAUUUUUUCACAAAAAUAUCCUCCAUGAACAUAUAAUCAGUUAACAUUUUUUUUUUAUGUAAAGGGAUAGUUCCCACUUUUUUUUCCCAAGUAGAGUGGUAUGCGGUACUGGUUAUUAGUAGGUGUAUUACCCACAAGAGAUGCUGGUUAGCUCCGCCCCUUUAUUGUAUGUUGAUACGACCUCAUACUACUCCACUUUUUGAAAAAAAGUAACUAUCCCUUUAAGUCAAAUUGGCAGCUUUUUACUUUAGCCUCCUGUGGUUCAAAAUUCAAAUAACCAUUAGAAUAAAAAUCUGCUUUUUUUCCCCACCUGCUAAAAAAAAAUGCUUUAAAUGCUUUAGCCACUUUUUUUCCUGUCUAUUUUUCUUCCCCUCUAAAAUUAAAAAAAUAAAUAAAUGGUUUGAAUUAUGCUGUCAAAAAGUUUCUUCCCAAAAUGAUCUCAAGUCUGUACCAAAUCUAUUAAAGUAGACUUUGAAAUGAGUAACUAGAUUUUUUUUUAUCUUGCCUCUCAGGGCCGUCAUAGCUGAAAUAAGAACAUUUCAGAAUAUUUAAGGAUGGAACUUUCCUUCCCAUUAUACAAAGCUGAUUUUUUUUUCUCACAAAUUAAACAAGCUUUAUUCGAUCUCGCUUUAGUUCAGAUCCACUUGUCCAUCCCUUGUGAAUGUGGCCCCCUCGGUCCAGACCAGCAGAACCCCUGUCCCUGUCCCAGCUCUCCACGGCUCUGUAACAUGCUGGCACUCUGGCCACCAGGCACUAUAGGUCUGUAUAGCCUUGUUAUUUACUACUGAAUCCUCAACUCUGUACAGAUGAUAAGAAUAUGAUCGCAUGGAACCUUGUUACUGUAAUAAUAACCUAUACAGUAUAUAAUAUUUAAUUUUUUGAUAACUUACAUCAAUGAAACCUAAUUUACCAACAACAGACGGACUUGCGAGGGAAGUUUGUAUUUUCUUUGAGCACAUGGUAUCUAAGGAUCUCAUUUCUUUUUUGUUUUGUAGAGUAGAGGUUGUUUCUUCAUUGUUCCCGUUUGGUUUUUACAGUUUCUGGGGUUUUGUGUCUUUUACUGUAGGGAGAAGAAUACGUUGUUAUCAUGUUUAAGGUAGACAAGAUUCAUGCUUACGCUAAUAAAUGACUAUGAUGAUCAUUUCAGAGAUGGUUAUCCGGUGUGAGAAAGUUCAAGAGUUUGUGAAUGAACUGUGUCUGGUUUACACUGAGCGAUAAGCAGUGAUGAAUCCUGGGAUAUGAAGUUUUUUGACUGUACAUUGAAGGGCUUGGUGUGGAUGCAGGCUCUAGAGACCAAUAACAAUCAUGUAGAUGUUUGCAAACUCUUCCAGCAUGGUACUCAAAGUCCUCCUCCAUCUGUUAAUGAAUAAAAACCUUUAAUAACAGUGAAAGAGUGAUCAGGCUCACAUCAAUUACAUCUGACCCAAAGUCCCUGUUUUCCUUUUUGUUGUCUCUUCAGUCUCUAGAGCCCGAGAUCCACCUCUGAGAAAUAAAAGGAUUCUCUGUAUUGCCUUGUUAAUAUUAAUUGUGGACACAUAAUUUUAUAAAUGACGAAGACGUGGAAAUAAAGAUAAUUUAUCUUGUUAUUUA